AUGGAUGUUAGAGGUGGAGGUGUUUUGGAAGCCAGAGAAUUAUUCUGGCAGUUAAAUUCAUCUAUUGUGUUGCAACCUGCAUUAAAUGAUUCACUUAGUUUCAUUGUAAGUGCUACACACAUUUUUGCUUCUUUUAGAAUAUUGCUAAAGAAGCCAUUUGGAUUUUACAAUUUGUAUUUGUUUUCUGUUCUCAGUACACAUGUCCAGGUCACAGAUCAUGCAGGUUGCAGCCUACUACGUACAUCAUGUGGUACAGAGGGCUUCAAGAAUGCUAAGAAGGGAACAGCUAUUGCAGCACAGACUGCUGCUAUCUCUGCAGCUUCAAAGGCCAUUAAUAAAGGAUUGUCCUUUGUUCGGGUACUCGUGAAAGGUCUGGGACCUGGAAGAAUGUCAGCAGUCAAAGGAUUGGCAAUGGGUGGAUUACAGGUGGUUUCGAUUACAGACAACACCCCUAUUCCACAUAAUGGAUGCCGUCCUCGCAAAGCACGAAGAUUAUAAAAUAUUUGUAAAGAAACCCAUGGUUUUCAGCAGUGACUUUGGGGUUUGUUGCACUUAGACCCAUAAUUUGAGAAAAACUCAUCAUUCCUGAUUAUUUUUUCCAGAACUGUUAUCCUGUUUGUAAAGCAGACUUUGAAAACUAAAUUAAACAGGUUCAAAACAGGUGCAGUUGGCAUUUCUGUUAUUCUAAAACUGUUUUACUAACAUCUCCCCAAAAAAGAGGUAUUUAGCUUCUUAAUAUUCGGUUGUCUUCCUGAGUUACAUAAUUUAAGAUGUAUUGUUUUAAUGGCAGUUGCUAUCAUUUGCUUCUUGACUUAAUCUUAUGAGAAUGUUACAGUCAGGGUUUAACAGUAGUCUUCAUGUUUCACUUGUCCUCCGCCUUUCUAGUAGAACUACAGUACUGUAGGCAGUUGCAGUUCAUUCAUCACAUGAUGCUGUUUUCUUUUAUUUUAAUCAGAUGUCAUACAGACCUUAGACUUAAUUAUGCCAUGAGAAGAUUUGUACAAAUAGAAGCUUAGAUCUAAAAGCCGCUUUUAUUUUAAAAAGUAGAUUGUCUAAAAUAUUUUAAAUUGAUCCAAGUAACAGUUUGAGAAAUGUAAUUCAAAAUGCUUUCAGAGUUUCUGGCAAUGGCUUUAAAAAUGUUUGUGCCUUAAUCCUCUGAUCAGACCCUCCAUCAGUAGCACAGUGAUGUAAAAUGCUGCUUCUGUUACACAAUGUAAAAGCUAAUAAAACAGUUAAGAAUUU